AUGGAUCGCUCGCCUGACAAGUUCUUCUUGCUCCUUAUGGCAGCAGCGGCGACCUGGAGCUUCUUCCUCGUCGCCAACGCAGGCAGGCUCCAGCCGAGCUGCAUAGGACGCGAGAGGGACGCGUUGCUGGCCUUCAAGCAAGGCAUGAAUGAUACCUACGGCGAACUCGGGUCGUGGCAGCGAGGGCACCAAGAUUGCUGCCAAUGGGCAGGCAUCACAUGCAACAACGUCACCGGCCAUGUCGUCAAGCUGGAGCUUGGCGAAAGAUAUUUGGUCGGCCAGAUAAGUCCUUCCUUGCUUUCUCUAGAGCAUCUCGAGUACCUCGAUCUCAACUGGACGAGACUGUAUGGACCUGAUGGUCGUGUUCCGGUGUUCUUGGGUUCCUUAAAGAACUUGAGGCAUCUUGAUCUGUCCGGCAUGCCUUUCUCUGGUAGGGUGCCUCCUCAGCUUGGCAACCUGUCAAAGCUGGAAUAUCUCGAUCUCUCUGGCAAUUAUUUCACUGGUGCGGUACCUCCUCAGCUUGGCAACCUGUCAAAGCUGGAAUACCUUGACCUAUCCGCCAUAUAUUUCAACAAUACGAGGAUGGUCUCAACUGACAUCUCUUGGUUAACUCGUCUACCUCUGUUGGCGCUUCUUGGUAUGAGUUAUAUCAAUCUCAGCUCAAUAGCCGAUUGGCCUCUUGUUGUCAAUAAGAUUCCAUCUUUGGAGUUGCUCGGUCUUUCCGAGUGCUCGCUUUCAAGUGCAAACCAAUCCCUAGCACACCUAAACCUCACAAAUCUUCACUACCUUGAUCUCUCAGAUAACUACUUUGGUCAUCCAAUUGCAUCCAGUUGGUUUUGGAACAUAACAAGCAUCAAGUACCUCGACCUUUCUGGUACCUCUCUCUAUGGUCCGUUUCCUAAUGCACUAGGAAAUAUGACGUCUCUCCAAGAACUUUAUUUUGGCCCCUAUUCUUCCGAUGGUGACUCACCCACCACAACUGCUAACACGGCCACAAUGACAGUAGACUUGAAAAACCUAUGUGAUUUGGAAUACCUAUUGCUUGAUGGAAGCCUCUCCUCUGGAAACAUAACAGAGUUUAUAGAUAAACUGCCAAGAUGUUCGUCCAACAGAUUGCAGCGUUUGAGGUUGAGCCGCAACAAUAUGGUUGGAAUUCUACCAAACAGAUUGGGGAACUUAACCAACUUAGCUUCGUUGGACCUUUCUCACAAUAACAUUACUGGAGCUAUACCCCUUGGCUUUGGGAAUCUCUCUUGUUUAGAAUACCUUCAUCUUUCUAACAACCUUCUUACUGGAGCUAUACCCCUUGGCUUUGGGAAUCUCUCUUGUUUAGAAUACCUUCAUCUUUCUAACAACCUUCUUACUGGAGCUAUACCGCUAGGGUUGGGAAAUUGCACUGCUGUUUAUCUCUCCAAUAACAAUCUUAGUGGACCUAUACAACUAGGGAUAGAGACUUGCACUAGAUUACAGUACCUUGACCUUUCUUACAAUAGCAUUACUGGACCUAUACCACCAAUGUUGGGGAAUUGCACCGAACUAUAUUACCUUACUCUUUCAAACAACCUUCUUACCGGAGAUAUACCACCAGGGUUGGGGAAUUACACUAGUUUGCAGUCUCUUUCUCUUUCGAGCAACCAUCUUACCGAACCUAUACUGCUAGGGACAACAAGUUGCACUAUAUUAGAAGACCUUGACCUUUCUGAUAACAAUAUUGCUGGAGUUAUACCGCCAUGGUUGGGCAAUUGCACUAGUUUGAGGCACCUUUCUCUUUCUAAGAACCAUAUCACUGGACACUUCCCAUCUAAGAUCAGUCUGCUCGGUAAUUUGACUGGACUCGACCUUGGCUACAAUAACCUAGAUGGCGUGAUCACAGAGGAACACCUUGUUACUCUAAAGAACAUAAACCAUCUGGACUUAUCACACAACUCUUUCUCAGGGCAUCUGCCAUAA